AUGGCGUCCAACUCUCAGAUUCAGAAAGCAACACAACCUUGGUGGGAUGACGGAAGCGAGAAGCACUUCGUGCCCCUGGCCCCCGCCGUUCCUAUAGACCCGAGCGUCAAUACCUGGUCCCGCUUCGGUCCAACCUUUGAAGCCUACGAAUACUCGGGCUGGAUCGACGAGAGCGUCUCCUGGAAGACGGACUGCUAUAUUGGCGACUGGUCGCCGCUGCUCAAAGCUCGCGUCACCGGCCCGGAAGCGCAAGCCUUUUUCGAAUACAUCUCGACCAACCGCUGGCCCAACUUCAAGCCUGGACAAGCGAAGCAUGCCAUCUUCUGUCAAGAUAAUGGGUCCGUCGUUGGCGAGGGUCUGGUUUUGAUGCUCGGAAAGGAUGAUUUCCUGUUCACUAGCGGUCCCGGGACGGUUUGGCUUGUGUACCAAUUCCAACAGGGCAGAAAGAAGUUUGAUGCCACUCUGCAACUGGUCACUGAUGACUGGUUCCUUCUUCAAAUUCAAGGUCCUCGGAGUGUCCAGCUGCUGGAUGAGGUGACGGACAAGGGUGUCCGGGAUAUCAAGUUUAUGCAUUACAAGGAGCUCUCGAUCGAUGGAAGCAAGUUCCUUUGUCUGAGACAAGGUGUAUCCGGCGAACUCGGUUUUGAGCUUUGGGGGUCAACGAAGGAUGCCAAAAAGAUUUACGGUUCUAUCGUAGACGCUGGCAAGAAGCACAAUAUCCGGCAACUGGGUGCUCGCGCAAAGAUGGUGAAUCACGUUGAAGCCGCGUUUGCGACUCCGGCCGCAGACUUCAUUCCGGCUGUACACGCGCCCGCAGACGACCAGGAACUUCUCCAGUUCCGACAAUUCGCGCGAGAUAUCGGCUUCGACUUUGACCACUAUCUCUCCAAGGCCAGCGGUAGUCACGGCGCAGACCCUAUUUCCUACCACUUCACGCCAUUCGACCUGAACUGGGGCUGGCUCAUCAACUUUGACCACGACUUCAUCGGGCGCGACGCUCUUCUCAAGCUCAAAGACAGCCCACCGAACCAGCUAGUGACGCUGAUUUGGAACGCGGAAGAUGUGACUGACGUUUUUGCGUCCCUCUUUCGGCCGGAGCCCUUUGAGUAUAUGGAAAUGCCUCGCAGCCUGCUUGGCAAUGUUGUUGGCAGUACUGUUCUGCACGAAGGCAUGACGAUCGGGUGCGCUGUUUCUCGGUGCUACAGCUACUGGUUCAAGGAGAUGGUGUCACUGGGGAUUGUUGCCAAGGAGCAUGCUGCUCCAGGGACAGUUGUUGAGGUGAAAUGGGGAUCUGAAGGAUCUCCCGUGAAAAUCAUCAGGGCGACAGUGCAGGUUGCGCCGUACAAGGAGGACAAGAGACGACACUCAAUUCAGAAUUUGCAGGGCCACACAGGACCAUCAAAUCAGAUGUCAUCUGAAGGCAGCCUACCUUCGGUAAAUGUCGACGGGCCAGAUGUAUUAGGGGAUAAUCCUCACUUUGGUUAUGACAUCAUGUCCGAAGUCGAGAGUUUUGACUUCAGCGAUAUUUCGCUCGAGUUCUUCGAUCCAUUCUUAGGUAGAACCUUUGAUCAUUUCGCCUUUCCAGUACUCGAGGAUGUUCCCGAGCAGCUCCAGCCACCAGUACCAAGUUUGCCUCAAAGCAAUCCUUCAGGCAACCAAAGCAAUCCUUCGGAUAGGGGAGAAGAAAUUCCAACGCUAUCGCAAGGACAUACAAUAAGCCAAAGCGCCCUUGGGCCUCGACGAAGGUGGUCACCACGGAUACUCAAGUCAACGACGGCGAAGAACCACAAAGUCGUUUUCACAGAAGAGAUGAGAGCUCACUGCUUGGCUGAUAUAGAGUUACACCUCACCAAAGCCCAGCUUGGGGACUUUCAAUUACCACCCGUUACAUGCUUGCAGCAAUACUUCAAUUCCUACGUGGAUGCCUUCCACAUACACUUUCCCUUCCUACACCUGCAGACUCUGGAAUUAGAGAAGGUUCCUAGUCCACUAGUCCUAGGAAUAUGCGCCAUAGGUGCCCUCCACAGACUUCAGAGAAAGAUGGCCUCAUCGCUCUAUCUUACAGCCGAACGUGUCCUCGCGAGCAUAGACUUUGAGCGACUCCAGGCUAUCCCAGAACUAUUGGAUGACUGGGCGAGACCUCGAGACUCACCGCCAUCAAACCAGGGGCCGCUGGUACUGGCCCAGACGCGGUUCAUUCUCGUCUUCUUCGCAUCUUUCAGCAGUGAGCCGCAGUUGAUACGUCAGGCUCUCGUCGGCUGUGGCCAUCUAUCAGCAGAUUUUCGGUCAAGAAUGGCCCGCGCAAAGCCUGGUUCAAUGAACUUGAACCUCUCUGAGUGGCAUUCUUGGGUCGAACAUGAGUCAAUAAAGCGUCUCAUGUGCUGCUGUAUGGUUCUCGGUAACCUUCUCGUCAUAGCCUACGGUAUCGUGCCAGGCUUCGCAGCGCUAGAGGAGUGCAACAUUGAAAUGCCCGCUGAAGAUGAGCUAUGGGAUGCCACGAGUGCUUCUGAAUGGAGGUCGUCUCUGCAAGAACGACUGCCUUCUUCGCCCCUAGGUCUUCGUCAAGCAACAGCUUGGAUAUUUGGUAACAGCGCACAGGAAGAAAGACUAGAUGCAAGCUGGACGUGGUCGCCGUUCGCAGCAUCAAUCGUAAUGCACCAAGUUGCCAUCGUCGUUUGGUUCUUCGCCCACGGGAAAGAGGCCUGCUACGGAACGACGCAAAGCUAUCGAGAAAGCCACCAGUCUGACGCCAAGAGGAUAGAGUCUGCUCUAUCGAGGUGCAGAGAUCUGCUAACCGAGACACGCGAUGGCAACGACGGCACGUGGACUGAAGCUGACGGUCCAUUGUUGUUUAACGCAUUUGCCGUUUUGCGUGUUUCGUACGGCCGAGCGUUCAUCAACUUCCAAUCGUUAGAUCGCUCGCUACUCUUUCAGGAGAGUAGCCAGGAUAUGCUAAUCAUCUUGCAACGCUACUUUGACGCUGCUCAAGAGCGGGAUGGUUACAUGACCAUGGCUGUCGACUGUGCUCUGGAAGGCUUUGCGAUACCCAUUCGAGCCGGAGUCUUGCUCACGCAAAAGACGGCGGCGUUGAAGUGGAGUGUUGAACAUGCUUUGGCAGGAUGGGAUGCCGCCCUUCUAGUGACGAAGUGGGUUCAUACGGUCGAAUGUCUGCAGUCUACGAGUGGAAAGACUACGCCAGAAGAAACAAAGGUCCUCGAUAACGUUCGGCAUCUUCUCAGCCAGAUUGACGUUGAUAGUUCUCCAUCUUGUUCUCUCGCUGCGGAUCUUGCUCGUGUCUGGGCUGGACUAUAUGACGAUACUUGGGUUUGGGGUGUCGCACCACGUAUGAGCUGGGUUCUCCGCGAGCUUGCCAAGUUGUAUGAGCAGGACGCUUCGGGUAUCUAG